GUUUUCUCUUUCGAUUUCCGAACUCUUUGCAUAAGACUUGGAGAAAGGAAAGAUCAUGGAGGGUAAGGUCAGUUUGAUCGUUGACGGAGCUGUAGAUUACAAGGGAAAUCCUGCUGAUAGGUCGAAAACAGGUGGUUGGGUGCCUGCUGCCCUCAUCCUAGGAAUCGAAAUAUGCGAGAGGCUUUCAACAAUGGGCAUAGCAGUAAACCUGGUGACGUAUUUGGGUGGAACAAUGCAUCUCUCGAGCUCAACUUCAGCCAAUGUCGUCACUGAUUUCAUGGGAACUUCUUUCCUUUUGUGCCUUCUUGGUGGCUUUUUAGCCGACUCUUUUCUUGGCAGAUUUAGAACCAUUGUCAUUUUUUCCUCUAUUCAAACCCUGGGUACGGCUGUGUUGGCACUGUCGACCAAACUGCCACAGCUCAGGCCGCCGCAGUGCCACUCCCCUGAAAACUGCAAAGAAGCUAAUGGUUUCCAAAUGGGAAUCUUGUAUCUUGCUUUGUACCUGAUAGCCGUUGGGACAGGCGGCCUGAAGUCCAGCGUGUCGGGAUUUGGAACGGAUCAGUUUGACGAGAAAAACGAAGAAGAAAAGACACAAAUGGCGUAUUUCUUUAAUAGGUUCUUCUUCUUUAUAAGCUUGGGAACCUUGAUGGCGGUUACGGUGCUUGUGUACAUACAAGAUGAAGUUGGUAGAAGUUGGGCUUACGGAAUUUGUUCCGUCUCGAUGUUCACUGCUAUCAUAGUGAUCUUGUAUGGGACUAAAAGGUAUCGGUACAAAAAGAGUGUCGGAAGCCCUAUAGUUCAAAUUUUCCAAGUGAUCGUUGCUUCUAUAAAGAAAAGAAAGAUGGAUCUUCCUUAUGAUUCUGGAUUGUUAUACGAUAACACCCCAGAGGGUUCAAGAAUCCAUCACACAGAUCAGUUUUGUUGUUUGGACAAGGCUGCCAUAGUAGCAGAAAGUGAUUUUGAGAAAAAUGCUUCGAGUUCUUCUCGGAAUCCAUGGAAGCUAUGCACGGUGACCAGGGUGGAGGAAGUGAAGAUGAUGGUGAGGUUGCUGCCUGUAUGGGCGACGACAAUUCUCUUUUGGACUACUUAUGCACAGAUGAUCACCUUUUCCGUUGAGCAAGCGGCCACCAUGCGACGAUCCGUUGGUGGUUUCCAAAUCCCCGCCGGAUCCCUCACUGUCUUCUUUGUGGCCGCCAUCUUGCUCACCUGCGCCUUCUACGAUUGUCUGAUCAUUCCACUUUGGAAGAAAUGGAAAGGCACACCUGGGUUCACUGCUUUACAAAGAAUCGGAAUAGGCCUCGCCCUCUCGGCGCUAGGAAUGGCGGCAGCCUCAGUCGGGGAAGUUAAAAGAUUAUCGGUGGUUGGGAAGCACACCACUUCGACGACAGAGCCUCUUCCGAUCAGUGUCUUUAUUCUGAUCCCACAGUUCUUCUUAGUGGGGUCCGGCGAGGCCUUCAUAUACACCGGUCAGCUUGAUUUCUUCAUCACCCGAUCACCAAAAGGGAUGAAAACAAUGAGCACCGGUCUGUUCCUAACAACGCUGUCACUGGGGUUUUUCAUGAGCAGUUUCUUGGUGUCUGUAAUCAAGAAAGUCACCGGAAACAAUGGCGGAGAUGGGUGGCUCGCCGACAACAUAAACGAUGGAAGGCUUGAUUGCUUCUAUGGAUUGGUGGCCGUUAUGAGUGGUAUAAAUUUUGCGAUUUAUCUGGUAUGUGCAGCUUGGUGCAAAGAUGUUAAGGGCAAAUCAUCAACUCCCAUUGAAAUGGAGAAGUGUUGACCUUUGAAAGUCGUAUCUUAAGAUUGUGUGUGAUUUCAGUUUCUUGUUGGCAACGUACAAAAAAUAUAAAUAAAAUGUUUUUUUUAGACCC